AUGCAUCCAGUAUCUUCUGAGAGGAGGCAGUCCUUCAAGGACGUGGCUGUGACCUUCACCAAGGAGGCGCUGGGACUGCUAGACUUGGCUCAGAGGAAGCUGUACCAUGAAGUGAUGCUGGAGAACUUCUGGAACUUGGUCUCCAUGGGAUAUCAACCCUUCACAUUAGAUAUAAUACUCCAGUUGGGGCGAGAAGAGCAGCUUUGGGUGAUGGAGCCAGACACCCGCGGAGACGAGUGUUCAGGACACAGGAAUCAAAAUGAAAUAGAGACUCUUCAAGAAGUAGAACUAAGACACCUUUUGCAUGAAGGCCUUAUGUGUGGGCAGAUAUGGGAACAAACACAAAUAAAUAACCAGGACUCAAUAAUAGGUCUGCAAGGCAAGAAGUCCAGAUUGCUAAAACAAGUUGAUUCCUCCUGUUGGGUGCGGGCAGGAGAAUCUGCUGAGGUUGCUGAAGAUGAGAACUGUGUGGGAAAGCUUCAAGGGGAGAGUUUUAAUAGUGUCAGCAAUCAAGAGCUUCAAAUUCAGACCUCCUGAGAUUUCUGGAGGAAAAUGGAUCUGAGAGAUCAGAAUUAUUAGAGUAGGUAUCAGCAAAUUGACAUAAAAAAUAAACUGUGACCAUGUGAUCAUUGCAUCAUGAGAAUGAUUCAUCAUCAUGGUGAUCAGGAAAUACACAAAAGCAAGAUGGCAUUUGGCAACAAUAAUUGUGGAAAAGACUUUGUGAGGAACACAUCCCAGCAUAGCAUCAUCCACUCAGAAGGUCAGAUCUCUGGUGAGAAUGGAAAAGGCAUCAACCUUGGCUCUGAUCUUGAACUUCAGCAGCAGCUGCAAGUAGGAGAGGAACCCCAUGUUAGUGAGUAUGGGAAGGGCUUGGGUCAGAGCUCACAUAUGCAAACCCACCAGAGAGCCAACCCAGGGGAGAAAGCUUACAGAUGUCUAGUGUGUGCUGACUGCUUCAAUCAGAACUCCUCCCUUCCUGCUGAUGAGCCCAUUCACCCCAGGGUGGAUCUGUAUAGAUGUGGCAGGUAUAGGAAGGGAUUCAGUCAUGUCUUAGACCUCAACAGUUGCUGUGUGGACAACACUGAAGAGAAAUCUUGGAAAUGUGAACUGUGUGGUAAAGGCUUCAAUAAGAUAUCACAACUUCAAGCCCAUCAAACAGCCUAUCCUGAAGACAAAACAUCCAAAUGGAAGACAUGUGACAGGAUGUUCAGCCAGUGUUCUGGUCCUCUUCAGAAAGUUCACACUGGAGAGAAGCCAUAUAAAUGUGAGGUAUGUGGGAAAGACUUCAGUAAGGCCUUAUACCUUCAAGCCCACAGAAUCCAUACCAGGGAGAAGCCCUACAAAUGUGAUGUAUGUGAUAAGAACUUCAGCUGGAAUUUCCAUCUUUAGGCCCAUCAGAGAGUGCACACAGGAGAGAAACUAAAAUGUGAUAUGUGUGGCAAGGACUUCAGUUAGAUUUCCCAUCUUCAGGCCCAUCAGAGAGUCCACAUAAGGGAGAAACCCUACAGAUGUGAUACGUGUGGGAAAGGCUUCAGUCAGAGCUCACAUAUUCAAGACCACCAGUGGGUCCACACCCGAGAGAAACCCUACAUGUGCGAUGUGUGUGGGAAUGGUUUCAGUUGGAACUCGCAUCUUCAAGCCCAUCAGAGAGUCCAUACAGGGGAGAAACCCUACAAAUGUGAAGAAUGUGGGAAAGGCUUCAUCUGGAACUGAUGCCUUCACAUUCAUCUGAGUAUCCACACAGGAGAGAAACCCUGUAAGUGCAGCAUGUGUGGGAAGAGCUUCAGUCAGAACUCCCAUCUUCAUUGGAGGGUCCAUACAGGAGAGAAACCCUACAGAUGUUUUGACUGUGGUAAGGGCUUUAGCAAGAGUUCUUGUCUUCAGGUUCAUCAGAGAGUCCAUAGUAGUGAUCAGUCCAGUACACAUGACAAGUGA